UCGUGAUUCAUUUCCGGGUUCGUGUUGUAAAUAUUUGGAAAUGUUAUUUCUCUGAAUUUACAGUUACCUUGAUACUGUGCGCAAAGUAAACAAGCAGAAUGUCAUCAAGACAUCUUCCAAGAGUGAUAGGCGGUCAGCGGGGUAAAUCAACCCUAGAAGUAGAGCGUGAACAUUUUGAGAAAAAUCAGACUGUUGCCAUCAAUAAAGCCAUAAAUACACAAGAGACACCAGUGAAGGAGAAACAUCUUAGAAAUACAAUUUUAGGGACAUUCACUGACCAUGGUGGAGGGUUAUUUUGGCAUGUGGCUACCAAACAGAUGCAGUUACAGGCAAACCCAAUACUGUGCUGGAAGUUCUGUCACGUGCUGCACAAACUGUUGAGAGAGGGACACGAGCACGUGUUUGUUGAUUCACAGAAAUACAGGACGUAUCUUGAAGAACUAGGAAAACUAUGGGGUCACCUUAGAGACGGGUAUGGAAGGUUGAUAGCAGCAUAUACCACUUUGCUGAACCAGAAACUGGUUUUUCACAAAAAAUAUCCACACAUACCUGGGAACCUGUUGAUGACCGAUGAAGUGUUUGCAAGAAUCUGUGGCUCUGAUGUAAAUGGCUACUUUGAGAUAAGUGUAGACAUGCUGGACUAUAUGGAUGAGGUACUCAGUCUUCAAAAACAAGUGUUUGGUUCCCUGGACAGAGCGAGAGCAAACUCCAUGACAAAUUCCGGACAGUGUCGACUGGCACCUCUUAUUCUCUGUAUCCAGGACUCGUGCCAACUCUAUGAUUAUAUUGUCAAGAUUUUAUUUAAAUUACAUUCUAGUCUCCCACCUGAUACUCUGUCUGGCCACAGAGAUAGGUUCCUAUCACAAUAUAAAAAAUUAAAGGAAUUCUAUUUCCAAAGCAGUAAUCUUCAGUAUUUUAAAAAUCUAGUCACAGUACCUUUAUUGCCAGAUGAGCCUCCUAAUUUCCUCAUUCAGUCAGAAUUUAACAAACAUGUGAAGCCAGUAGCUGUAGUGCCCAAUGAACCGGAACCAGAACCAGAACGUGAUUCCAUCACUCCGGAACCAGAAGUAGUUGCAGACCUUAUUGAUACUUCAGAGGACAAAUUUGAUGCUGCAUUUGGAAAUCAGAAUGAAAAUUUUAACUUUAAUGGAGGACCACCAGAAAUUGAUGAAAGAGAUUUACUAAUAGAGAGAUUAACUAAAGAAAUCCAGCAACUGAGAGCAGAGUUAGAGCGGGUAAAAUCAGAGGACCAAAGAAUCAUACAAUCCUUGCGGGAUGAAAUCUCAAAGCUAGAAAAGAUAUUGUCAGAGCUGCGGUUGUCAGCUGACAAAGCCUUACAGGACAAUGAUAAUCUCAAAGCUGAGCUGAGCAAGGCGAAAGUUCAUAUGGGAGCUGCAGUCAAACUCACUGAGGCAGAAAAACAUAGUAAAGCAAAUGAAGAAAAAUUCAAGAAAAUGAAAGAUGUUUACCAGAAACUCCGAGAUGAACAUGUUUCUCUUCUCCGACAGCAUGGUGAAGUAACUAAACAGAAUGCGACUGAUAAAAAGACAUUGGAGGAGAAAGAACAAAUUAUAAAGGAUAAUGAGGCAAACAUGGUACGCAUGGAAGAAGAGAGAAAAGUAAUACAAGAAAGUUUACAGAAUUCUGCUGACGAAGUUACGCAACAGUUGGCUCAAACUACUGCCAAAAAUACAGAUCUUGAAAAAAAGAAACAGGAACUAGAAACACAACUGAAGUCUGUUCAGAGCAGUGAGGAGACAUUACAGAAUGAACUACAGUCUUCACAGUCAAGAGUUCAGUCCCUGGAAACACAGCUGGAACAAACAAUGGAGGAGAAGACUGGACUUGAGGAGUCAUUGACCAAUCAGAUUGCUGGAUUACAAAGUGACCUUGACUCAUUAAGGGGAGACAAGCAAAAUAUGGAACAAGAUUUCCAGGCUCAAAUAACUACACUGAAGACAAAGUUAGCAGAAACUGAACAAAGUAAAGCACAGACUGAACAAGACUUGAGUAAACAAUUAGCUGAUUUAGAACAACAAUUAGAAAAUCUGACAACAGAGAAACUAUCUACAGAAACACGUCUGACUAGGGACUUGGACGAUCUACAUAAAAAAUUGUUGAGUAGCAGUAUAGCUGAGGGGCGAGCGUUUAUUCAGGAUGCGUUGGAACAGUUUCACAAUGAAACAUUUACCACUGCAAGAUGUACAGCAGAAUUUCUUUUACUGAGAGCUGAGCCUGUGAUAAAAAGUUUAGAAAAUUUAGAAUCAUCAAAUAAUAUUUAUUGUGCAGAUAGAAAAGAAUUAGAGAAUUUAGUGGAAUGUAUAACAGGGUUUUCUCAUCACCUUGGAGAUUGUGUGAUACAUGGAAUAGCUACUUCACAGUCCACUGCCGAAAUAGAGUCAGGGCACGAUUUAGCCAAUCUUUGUAGAUCUGCAGGCGAAAGUGGUCUGACAGUUCUGUCUGCUGUUGAAAAAGGUGGGAACAUAUCAUCGGAAGUGGCCGCAGCAAUUAGCCAUAUCAAAAAGCUGAUGAGCCUGACUGAGGAACUUGUGCCUAAAACAGAGGAUGUGAAGACGGAGGAGAUUGGAGAUAUGGUGGACAGUGAAAUGCAGCUGACCAGUAAAGCCAUCGAACAAGCUGCAGCUAAAAUACAGGAAAUGUUGCAAAAAACAAGGGCAGAUAACACUGGUAUACAGCUCGAAGUGAACGAACGAAUUCUUGAUGCCUGUACUGACCUUAUGAAGUGUAUUAAGAUCCUAGUUGAAAAAUCACGAGAUCUUCAACAAGAGAUUGUAGCUCAAGGCAGGGGAACAUCUACUGCAAAAGAUUUUUACAAGAAGAAUCACAGAUGGACAGAAGGAUUUAUAUCUGCUGCCAAAGCUGUAGGCUGGGGAGCUACAACACUGAUGGAAGCAGCUGAUAAAGUGAUCAAGGGAGAAGGUAAACUUGAACAGUUGAUCGUGUGUUCACAGGAGAUAGCCGCUUCUACAGCACAACUUGUUGUCUCGUCACGCGUGAAGUCAAAGAGGGGAAGUAAUGCAUUACAGAAUGUUCAGGAUGCAUCGAAAGGAGUGUCAAGGGCAACAGGAAAUGUUGUUGCUACAGUCAAAACUAGUGCACAGAUAAUUGAGGAACAAAGUUUGAUGGAUUUCUCACAUUUAUCAUUGAUACAGACCAAGAAACAAGAAAUGGAUUCUCAGGUGCGUGUGUUGGAGCUUGAGCGUGAGUUAGAGCAGGAAAGACAGAGGUUGUCGGUGCUACGCAAACAACAUUACACGCUAGCUGCUGAGACCGAGGGUACAGAUCAGGAAGGGGAAGAAGUGGAGGAUGCGAGUGGAGAGAAUCGGCCCUGGGAUUAUGCUCCAAUGAUGUGAAGAAUUAGAAGUAUGAGUGAUUGAAAUUGAUCACCUUCUGAACUACAGACUCUUACAUGACAUGUCUCAACUCUUCAUAAAUGUGAGGUGGUACUUGGUCGUUUUGAUUUGGAGAUUUGUCGCAGGGACAAUUUUGUACCUUCCAGUAUUCAUUCUUCACUUGGAAAUCCAGAAAAUACCGUAUCUGCUGCCAUUCUCCUGGACCUACACACACUGUGCCUUGUCACCAAGUUACUAUGGAAACUAGAUAGAAACAAGUCAUUUCAUUGCUUUUUUAUCUUGAUGGAAAUUUCUUUGAAUUAGGGUUUUAGAAACAAAGAUAUAAUUAUAUUGCUUUUAGAUAAGUGAAAUGUGAAAUCUAACAACUGCAUACCUCUAAGACUGAAAACUUCAUUUCUUUACGUAAGGCCAGCAGUCAACAGUUUUAUUAUGAAAAAAUGUAUUGUAAGGAACUGACAUAAUCUGAAGUUGAUCUUCACAUUACAUACCUCUACUGAAAAGGCAUUGGGUAACUUUUUUACCCAUGAUGACAUACAUAGUUCUACCUCUGUACAGUGACACUGCAUGCAACACUAAGCUAGGGUUGUAGGGUUUAGAGAAAAUUUUUGCUCUGCGGAUGCUAUUGAUGCUAUUGUAGGAAGGUAUUUGCUCUGCGAAUGCUAUUGUAGGAAGGUAUUUGCCCUGUGGAUGCUAUUGUAGGAAGGUAUUUGCUCUGCAGAUGCUAUUGUAGGAAGGUAUUUGCUCUGCGGAUGCUAUUGUAGGAAGGUAAUUUGCUCUGCAGAUGCUACUGUAGGAAGGUAGUUGCGGAUGCUAUUGUAGGAAGGUAUUUGCUCUGUGGAUGCUAUUGUAGGAAGGUAUUUGCUCUGCGAAUGCUAUUGUAGGAAGGUAUUUGCUCUGUGGAUGCUAUUGUAGGAAGGUAUUUGCUCUGCAGAUGCUAUUUUAGGAAGGUAUUUGCUUGUGGAUUCUAUUGUAGGAAGGUGUUUGCUCUGUGUAUGGGUCCUUAACAGAGGUUUAACUGUGUACCUUUUUAUUUGUAUGUAUUAUAUUUGCUAAAUUAUAUGUAAAUAUGGAUAUAUUGGUGUACAGAAUUAGUGCUGUAAGUUCAUUUUUAGCUCACCUGUCACAUAGUGACAAUGUGAGCUUUUGUGAUCACCCUUCUUCCGUCGUCAGUCCAUGCGUGCGUGCGUCAACAAUUUUCGUGUCUGCACGAUAGUGGUUUCGUUUAUGAUUUAAUUUUAACCAAACUUGCACACAACUUGUAUCACCAUGAGAUCUCGGUUCCUUUCUUGAACUGGCCAGAUCCCAUUAUGGGUUCCAGAGUUAUGGCCCCUGAAAGGGCCAAAAUCAGCUAUUUUGACCUUGUCUGCACAAUAGCAGCUUUAUUUAUGAUUUGAUUUUUACCAAACUGGCACACAACUUGUAUCACCAUAAGGUCUUGGUUCCUUUCUUGAAAUGGCCAGAUUCCAUUAUGGGUUCCAGAGUUAUGGCCCCUUAAAGGUCCAAAAUUGGCUAUUUUGGCUUUUGCAGCCAUAUAGAGACUUCAUUUAUGGUUCUAUUUUAUACAAACUUGCAAAAUAUCUUCAACAACAAUAAAUCUUGGAUUCCAUGACAAAUCAGAUCCAAUCGUAAGUUCCAGAGUUAUUUUAUACCUAAUUACCUCCCCUGAUUGUAAUCAAAAUGGAUUUAUAUCAGUAAGUACUUAUAGGACUUACUUGAAAUUUCAUUAUUGUCAUUAGUUGGACUGAGCCAAUCAGGGUAGAUAACUAUGGACUGAUUUUAUGUCAAAUUACCUCCCUUUAUUUCAAAUUAAAAUGGGUAUAUCUCUGUAACUAAUGAAGAUACUGAUCUGAAAUUUCAUUUAUGUCAACAGAUUUAUUUGGCAGAUCCUUCUUUUGUUCACUUACAAUAUUUUUUUUUUUUAAUUUCUUCCCCUUUACGUUACUUUAAAUAGCUUAUUUUUAGUAACUUUUUUAUUAUUGGCCGUAGGGAAAAACCGAGACCACUUUUCUGUAAUGCAACAUGGAUGAUACCACCAAUUUUUAGGUGUAUUUUGACAUAUCUGUACCUUGUAAGAAUUUUUUUUUCUUUUUGGUUAAAUUUCUUCCCUUUGUUGUUCUGUCGUUUGGACUUAGAUAUUUUUUCUGAGGACCUUCUUGUCCUCAAGUGCAAUGAUAACAGGUGAGCGAUAUAGGGCCAUGAUGGUCCUCUUGUUGAAGUUAUUUGAUUUUUAUUGAGAAAUUUGCUGGUGCAUUUUCUAUAUACACUGUAUGUUCUAUAAUUAUACACUAUGUUUGUUUUAUACGAGAUCCUUAGUAAUUCAUCUUGCACAAUUGCCGUCUCUACCAAAGACUACUAUCAUAAUUCUAUGGGAUUACCAGUGCUUCUUUUCUAGUAAACAUUGAAAAUGUCUCAAAAUUUAAAUGCAAUGUAAAAAAUAUUUAUAUAUUUGGUAUAACCAGUUAAACUAAGGCAGUUGACUAAUUUGAAAUUAACAACAUUUGAAAAACUCCUGUUUGAUUUCAGUGAAAGAUGUACUUCCUCUUGAUUGUGUUAUUGAACAGGAAGUUGAUGUGCAUAUUAUAUUUCUAUACUUUUAAUGGUUUAAAUGGAUAUUUGUUAAAGUUAUUUACAUACUGUACCUAAAACCUGUACAGUCUAGGCGAGUGUUUAUACGGUACUGUAAACAUACUGUACCUGAAACCGGUACAAUCUAGGCGAGUGUUUAUACGGUACUGUAAACAUACUGUACCUGAAACCGGUACAAUCUAGGCGAGUGUUUAUACGGUACUGUAAACAUACUGUACCUGAAACCGGUACAAUCUAGGCGAGUGUUUAUACGGUACUGUAAACAUACUGUACCUGAAACCAGUACAAUCUAGGCGAGUGUUUAUACGGUACUGUAAACAUACUGAACCUAAAACCUGUACAAUCUAGGCGAGUGUUUAUACAGUACUGUAAACAUAAGAAUGUUCCUGAUGGCUGUAGGUUGCAUUUUUUCCAUUGAUCAGCAUUUUUGCUAGAGUUAAACUUCAUAUAUGAACAAUAUCUACAUGCAGUUUGUGUAAACACUGAUAUAUACAUUAGGUCUAAAAUGGCACAGAAUUAAUUCAUGUAUAGCAAAACACAGUAUAUAUAUGUACUACCACUGAAAAAAGGUUUUAACAAUCAGUUGUUGUUGCAAGACAUUUAUGAAUGUAGCUUUUUUUAGCUCACCUGUCACAAAGUGACAAGGUGAGCUUUUGUGAUCGUGCGGUGUUCGUUGUCCGUCCGUCCGUGCGUCCAUCCGUCCGUAAACUUUUUGCUUGUGACCACUCUAGAGGUCACAUUUUUCAUGGGAUCUUUAUGAAAGUUGGUCAGAAUGUUCAUCUUGAUGAUAUCUAGGUCAAGUUCGAAACUGGGUCACGUGCCAUCAAAAACUAGGUCAGUAGGUCUAAAAAUAGAAAAACCUUGUGACCUCUCUAGAGGCCAUAUAUUUCACAAGAUCUUCAUGAAAAUUGGUCGGAAUGUUCACCUUGAUGAUAUUUAGGUCAAGUUCGAAACUGGGUCACGUGCCAUCAAAAACUAGGUCAGUAGGUCUAAAAAUAGAAAAACCUUGUGACCUCUCUAGAGGCCAUAUAUUUCAUAAGAUCUUCAUGAAAGUUGGUCAGAACAUUCACCUUGAUGAUAUCUAGGUAAAAUUCGAAACUGGGUCACGUAUGGUCAAAAACUAGGUCAGUAGGUCAAAUAAUAGAAAAACCUUGUGACCUCUCUAAAGGCCAUAUUUUCCAUGGGAUCUGUAUGAAAGUUGGUCUGAAUGUUCAUCUUGAUGAUAUCUAGGUAAAAUUCGAAACUGGGUCACGUAUGGUCAAAAACUAGGUCAGUAGGUCUAAAAAUAGAAAAAUCUUGUGACCUCUCUAGAGGCCAUAUAUUUCAUGAGAUCUUCAUGAAAAUUGGUCAGAAUGUUCACCUUGAUGAUAUGUAGGUCAAGUUCGAAAGUGGGUCACGUGCCGUCAAAAACUAGGUCAGUAGGUCAAAUAAUAGAAAAACCUUGUGACCUCUGUAGAGGCCAUAUUUUGCAUGGGAUCUGUAUGAAAGUUGGUCUGAAUGUUCAUCUUGAUGAUAUCUAGGUCAAGUUUGAAAGUGGGUCAUGUGCCUUCAAAAAGUAGGUCAGUAGGUCAAAUAAUGAAAAAAACGUUGUGACCUCUCUAGAGGCCAUAUUUUUCAUGGGAUUUGUAUGAACAUUGGUCUGAAUGUUUUUCUUGAUGAUAUAUAGGUCAAGUUUGAAACUGGGUCACGUGACUUAAAAAACUAGGUCAGUAGGUCAAAUAAUAAAAAAACCUUGUGACCUCUGUAGAGGCCAUAUUUUUCAUGAGAUCUUCAUGAAAAUUAGUGAGAAUGUUCACCUUGAUGAUAUCGAGAUCAAGUUCAAAACAGGUCACGUACCUUCGAAAACUAGGUCCAUAGGUCAAAUAAUAGAAAAACCUUGUGACCUCUCUAGAGACCAUAUUUUUCAAUGGAUCUUCAUGAAAAUUGGUCAGAAUUUUUAUCUUGAUAAUAUCUAGGUCAAGUUCAAAACUGGGUCACAUGAGCUGAAAAACUAGGUCACUAUGUCAAAUAAUAGAAAAAACGACGUCAUACUCAAAACUGGGUCAUGUGGAAAGAGGUGAGCGAUUCAGGACCAUCAUGGUCCUCUUGUAUAUAUAUCUGUUUAAGUUAAGUAUAUCUAAUUAGGAUUUUCUACAUUUGAAAAGAUAUCUAAAUAUAGAAUACCUAAUUGAAAGAUAUGCAUUACAUAUCUCUUUAAUGUUUGCAUCUUGACAGUGAUAGUAAGGCAAUGAUUUUGUAACUAUAUAAGGUUAUACAAAAUAUACUGUUCUCAAAAUUUUGCUAGGGAAAGAGAGAUUUACAGUAUAGCUAUAAAGUACCAUUGUAGUUUGUAUCAUAUAAUGGUACGAAGUAAAAGCUACACCUUUGACUUAGUAGAUAUAAGUUACACCUUUGACUUAGUAGAUAUAAGUUACACCUUUGACUUAGUAGUUAAAGUUACACAUUUGACUUAGUAGAUAUAAGUUGCACAUUUGUAUGGAGAGGAAGCAAGAACACAAGUUUUGCACAGCUUCAUCAAUAUUGAUAAAACUUUUCACUUGUAAAAUCCCUUUAGUGCUGAAUUUUGAAUGGCAUAAGGUGCUGGUUACAUCUUUGUUUUAUAUUUUUGUUUAUUGUUUUAAAUUGUUCUUGUUAUUUUCCAUAUUAUGUUAAAUGGAUAAUGCUUCCUUAAUUGGGAAGAAAACACUGUACUGAGAUAUUUUGAGUGGCGUAUAACUUGUUUUGUUUUGUUUUGUUAAUUUUUCAUUGGGUGGGAUGGAGGGGGGACGGUGUUACAGGGAGUGAAAAAAGAAUUUAUUCUGUUUUGUUUUAAUGAAAACUGAACAAAACCGUUGUUAAUGACAUAGAAAAUACUGUUAAUUUGAAAAACAAAAUCUUUUGUUCCAUGUCUAGUGCUUUGGAUAUUAUAUCAUAAAUCACAAAAAAAUAUUUUGUAAAACAAUUAAGUUGCAGAUAUUAUAUUAUACAGGGCUGUAUGUACCCUUAUCUGCAAAUUUAUCUUGAUAUUAUUUUAUUCCAUGAAACUUAAAAGAAUGGUUGUCAAAUAGUAUUUCUUUGAACACUUGUGAUAUUUUCUUUAUUAUCUCCCUUUCAGUGUUCUUCAUUGUCAUGCAAAUUUACAUGUUUGUCCAGGGUCGAUUGCUUGCUCUUUUUGCAUUUAAGUGUAACUUGAUGCAAACUUGGGAAAAAUAUUGUUUUAUGGAAGCUGUAAAUACUUGAAGUAAAGUUUGUUAUUUUGUGCCAUAGUCAUUUGUUAUGCUGAUUUUUCUGAUUUCAAGAUAGGAGAGUUAAGGAAGGAUGUUGGGAGAGAUCUGCUGACACUAAGUCACAUGAUGUGUAAUUUGAAGAAGGGUGAGGGAUUCAAAGUGACCAGGUUAAUAUUAGUAUAAGUUAGACUGUGUCACUGUUAUUUAAAUUACAUUUUAGUGAAGCAUAACGAUAUAGGGCAUUGAUAUUUGAGUAGUUAAGCUUAAUUUGAUUUUAAGUGAUUAUUUUUUAAGUUUGAACAUAAUUGUAUUGAGCAUUCAUGGCCUAGUGGUUAUGAUCAUUGCCUUUGAACCGUUUCCCUGUAGUCACUGUGUGUUUUAAACCCUCUUCGGGUGUAGAAUUAUUUCAUGUAAGAAAAGCUACCCAGCUGACUUGUGAAAACUUGAUUGUUCUACCAAAGGUCCUACCCAUACCUGAAAUAAUACACAGAGGAACACCUGUUGUCUUUUACCACCUGCAAAACUGGAAAGUUGCAAUUUGAUCUAAAUUUUGUCAGUAAGAAAAUCUUGGAUUACACUGAAAAGUAUCUCCAGUUACGGUAUAAUAUUAUACCAGAUUUAUGUACCAGAUUUAGGUUAUUUAGAUAUGCUGUUAAAAGUAGGAUUUUUUUUCAUGGUUUACCAGUUGUAAAUAGAUUUAUGAGGGUGAGGGUAUUAUCAGAAAAAUAGAUAUAAAAGAUAGGAUAUUUGAUGUAAGUUACAUAGGAACUAAUUAAUUCAUUCUUUGUUGUAAGAAAGUUUUAGCUGAAUUUGAUAUUCAUUAAGUCACUGAUGUUUUAGCUAAACUUUAAUGACAAUCAUGAAUACAGUCAUGAUUAAGUAAUCUAGCAUGAUUUUUAGACAUACUUUUUCCCUUCGGGUAAGUUAAAAAGCUCAUGACUUUCUGUAACAGUUAAAGAAUGCCAGUAGCAUAAAGAGAACAAUUAUGUAAGAAAAUGAAAAUUGCAGGUUUUCAUGGGUCCUCUACAAAAGGAGUUUGUAUCCAGUUAUUUGCAGUAAUGUGUAAAUACUAAUUCUGUGUAAGCAGAAUGAUGUAAUCAGGUAUUUUAUUGGAUAUUAGAUGUCUAGAAUACAGGGUCGGCUUUCUAUAAGUAAAGGGGCAUGCUUCCAGGUAAACAUCAAAUGUGUAUAAAUUAUAUUAAAUUGUUGAUAUACUAUAAAUUUUGAUACAGAACAGUGCUUAAUUCUUUCUGUUUUUUGGACUGUACAAGUUUUUAGCUCACCAGAGGACAAAGUGCUCUUGGUGAGCUUUUAAGAACAUUGUGACAGUUGUCACAAAGAAACAGCUGACAAACCUCAAGGUCAGUUUUUACAAAACUUUACAGGAAUACUUCUUGUAUGGUUCCCUUUCAGGUUCCUUCAAAUCUAGGCAAAAACCUUGUUGCCAUGGGAACCAAAUGAAAAAUCUUCUGGAAACUGCAUGCUUAUCAAAUUUCAUGGAAAUGUUCUUUUGGUGACACUUAACCAAAUUCCCUCAAAUCAUUCUAGUUUUCCCUAAAAGGAUAUAUAGAAAACCUAGAGAAAAUUUUCUUUUCUGAAACUGCUGGCUCGAUUACAAUUCUAACACGAUCUGAUUCAUUUUCCUAUUAAACAAAGAAAGCUGAAACAGUGAAUUAUUAUACAACAAUUAACUGUCUGAUGUCACAAUUACUAUGUCAUAGCGUCAAACGGCAUAUAGCGGUGCGCUGGAAAAGAAACCAAUUGAAAACGGGCAAAUAUUUAAUGAAUGCCAUCAAGGAUGUGCUUUAAAGUCCUUGGUAACUUGUUAGACUGGAAAUAAUAUAUCUCAUUUAGCGAUUUGCUCUUGAGUAAAAUUGUUUGUCAUUCAGAUGCGUAUUAUUAUAUCACUUGGGCUGCGCCCUCGUGAUAUAAUUCCUUCACAUCUGAACUCCAAAAUGAUUUAUUCAGCAACAAAUCAUUAAAUGAGAUAUAUUAUUUCUUAAAUAACUUCACAGCAAAUGUUCCUUGAGUGACCCUCCACCAAACUCCUUCAUCUUAAUUGUGAUUUUUUUGAAAAUGUGUCUGCCAGGUGCUAGGUUAUUUUGUCUAUUUAGGUAUAUACAAAGCUUCUAACUUCUCAUAAAACGCUGGCUCGAUUUUGAAAUAAUUUCACAGCAGUGUUUCUUUGAUGACAAUUUACCAAUAUUGUUCAGUCCAGCUGAGAAUUUCGGGGGGUGUGAUCUGGGGCUAUCAUAGCCCUCUUGUUCACAAGUGUACAAAUAUCUUAAUUCCUAGAACUCACUUAGUAGUCCCUUUCCUCUUGUUUUUACCAUUAAUAACAAACAAAAACACUCUCCAAAUAUCAGAGUUUAGACAGUGGUUAUGUACUGUCAACAGCGAAGUCUAUACUGCAAUUGGAUUGACCAUUGUUAAACAAGAGAGAAAGAGUUGAUGCAAGUCUGGAGGCAUUCCCCUAUAAAACAGUUCUAUUUUACUGAAAUUUAAGCCCAGUAGAAACACAAGUUAUUUAUUGCUGUUAAUAUAUGUUUAAAGAUUUUUCACUUGUUGCUGUAACUUUUAUUUAUCUGCAUGUACAAUAAAUGCUUCCAUCAUCAUUGUCAGUAUAGCAUACAGAACAUUAUUCUACAUAUUUUGUUAAUUCAUUUACUGUUAAGAAUCUCUGUUGGAAAUUUUAUUCAUGUAUUUUUUACUGCUUGCAGAGUUAUUUUGGAGUCGUUGAAGUUUUGUAUAACAUAUUAAAAAAAAUGUUGAUCAUUAGCACAACAUUUUAUUUAUUGCUUUUUAACAAAAUUAUAUGAUUUAUUUUAAAAAUGACCAGUAUUUAUGUUAUCUUAUGAAUAUUCAUUUACAUAAUUAUUAUACCUUUGACUAAAUAUAACCUCAAAAUGUGAUACACAAAGUUGUCUGUAUGUCAAUGGACCUAGCAUGGUAUUCAAAUAUUUUAAGAAAUAACGUAACUGAAGUGAGUUUUGAUCAAUUUAGUCAUACUUUCAAUUGAAGAGAUACACUGCUUGGUGUAUAUUUUAUUUGUUGUAAUAAAAUUAAUUAAAAUAGGCUUCUUCUAUAUUUUACUUUGAUUCUUAUAUCUCUUAUAUGUAAAACAGUAGAUAUAAUAUGGUAGCCUAGCACUCUUCCUUGGCUGCAGUGACAUCACUGCAUGUAAUAUUAAAAAUAAUGAUUUUUGCCAUAUUAGAAAUAUAUUUAUUUAAUUACAUGUAUUUAGUUGGAAUUUGGUGAAGGAGUGCAAGAACACUAUAGAAGGUCUCUGUGCUAUUAUGCACAAGGUCAGGUCAGCAGAUUAUGUUUAUUAAAUAUAUAUCGUUUUGUCUUUUUUAGUAUGCACUAUUUGAAUAUUUUAUUUUUUUCUAUGUGUUAUCACAAUGGUGGUUUUAUGUGUAAUAAAUGGUUUUUUUUAUAAAAUAUAACCAAUCAGAGAUGAUUAUUUAAGAAGAAUUAUGUCCUUGUAUUAUUUAAAUAAAUCACAUGAUGAAUAAAAGUAAAACUAU